UUUUUUAUAAUAAUACCAUUUUUAAAAAUACAUAGAUUAGGGCCUAAUGAAUAUAUUUAAAUUGGCUGAUUUCCUUAUUUGAACUGUAUAGUUUCAGUAUAGUUUUUGUUUUUCUAACGGGUUCAUUCAUUAUUUUAUUUCAGUUUAUUGAAUUGUUUUUUAAAUGAUAUCGUUUUAGAUUUAGUUUCACUUUUAGUUUACUGUAAUAACUGACUCAAGUAUGCUUGGUUUCCUCAGAGUUCAUUGAAAUGCAGUAGUACAGCUGUAGACAUCCUCAGACAGAAGCCCUGGUUUUCUGACACUCAAAUGAUGUAGUUAAUAGCAUAUAUUUAGUACAUUGAUGAGGUGCUUGAAAAACGUCCCUGCCUCUACCCCUACACACGUUCAUUCUAAUUUGACAGACCUGACAAUGCUUUCUCUGCAGUUGUAGGCCACCUGCGUUUGAGUGCCUCCCUCCAAAUAGGCAUACCCCUCCCCCUUGCUACUUUAGGAACUUGCACCCAUUCAUUCUGAUUCAUUAACAUUCCUGCCACAGAUUUCCACAAAGAACCGGAGUGGACGGCAGAACAAAAGGCACAGAAAAGAGGUAAUGAAAUAUAGUGGACUGGACUAGAACAAGUUGAUGAACAGAACAUCACCGGCAGUUACGGUGUUGCAAGAGAGACACACACUAUGAUCUAAAGGUUUAGAGUGGUGAGUCAGCCCUCAGCAGAGUGGAACCCCUCUCCUCACAUACAGAGCACAGAGCUGCCAGACAAGGUGUUCUCCGGGAGUGUUGCCCACCCCCCACACACCCCACCGCUCUAUCCAAACCCUCUAGGACAGACAGGAUCCCCACUCCUCUGGACAGGACCUCAUUUUUGUUUACUGUGAAUGAAGAGAUAAGGUGAUGAUGUCAGAGGACAGCUGUUGCCGAAUAUGCUGCAGGGGGGUGUAUAGCUGCUACUGGAGGCACCCCAGUGAGAGGAAUCGAAAAUGCUCCUGCUGCAGGUUGUCAGUCCUUACCGCUGUGUCCCUCCUCACUCUGUUCUGGAUGUACGUCUGUCUGAUGGCCUUCAAUGACCGAGAGGAUGUGAACUGGAAGGCCUUUUCCAUUCUGAAACUGUGGGUGAACUGGUUCAUGGUGCUAAUCAUCAUCUCUGCUGUAUUGACCAUCUACUGCACCCUAUUACUGGUCUUUGCGCUGUUCCAACUUGCCUUGAAAGAGCCUUUGGACUUACACUGUCUGCACAAGUUGUUCCUGUUUUUAGGUGUGGUCUUCAUUACCCUGGGCAUUGCUGGAAUAAGUCUACAGUGGAAAGAAGAGUGGCACACUGUUCUUCUGUCACUGCAGGCCACGGCGCCAUUCCUACAGAUGGGAGGGGUUGGAGCCCUGACCCUGGUCAGCUGGCUGGUGUUCCAGGGCUUCCAUAGAUCCCGCAGAGUAGCCUCUAAGAUCCUCAUCAUGGUAGUGUUUGCUGGCGUGUCAGUGGCAAUGUUCCUCAGCCCACUCCUCAUCCAAUCCCCUUGUCUGGUGGACGAGAAACAGCUGCCCCCUAAACCUGCCCUCUUUGGUCAUCGCGGAGCACCAAUGCUGGCCCCAGAGAACACCAUGAUGUCGUUCAGGAGGAGUGUGGGGUGCAACGUGACCGCCUUUGAGACGGACGUGCAGCUCAGUAAGGACAGAGUUCCUUACCUGAUGCACGACAACGGCAACCAUUUCCUGAGGAGGACUACGGAUGUUCUACAGAAGUUCCCUGGGAACGACUUGAACCACAGCACAAACCUCACCUGGGAGGAGCUGCAGGAAUUAAACACUGGUGAUUGGUUCCUGAAGACAGAUCCAUUCCGUUCAGUGUCCCAGCUCUCAGAACAGGAGAAGAAGACAGCUGGGAACCAGAGUGUUCCCUCCCUUCUGCAGCUGCUUCACCUGGCCAAGACUCAUAACACCUCUGUCAUCUUUGACUUGAAGAAUGACAACAACAAUGACACCAAUGACACUGUGAAAACCAUCCUCAACUCCGGCAUCCCCCACGACAAGAUCCUCUGGCUUCCCCCCACACACAGGGAGGAUGUGAAGAAGGUUGCACCAGGGUUCAAGCAGGUUUACAACAAUGUGCUUGAUAUGAACCAUGAUGAAGCAGAUCAUCUGAAUGUCAAGUACAGUGCGUUGAGCUUCGCCGAGAUCGGGGAGCUUCGGAAAAGGAACGUUUCGGUGAACCUGUGGGUGGUGAAUGAACCAUGGCUCUUCUCUUUAAUGUGGUGCUCGGGGGCCAGCUCUGUGACCACCAACGCCUGCUCUGUCCUACAGGACAAGAACCAGCCUGACUGGACAAUGGGACGUGAUACAUACAGAUAUAUAUGGAUCACAUUGGACCUGGGGUCAUUGCUCAUAAUGUUCGCAUUCUUCAUCUUAAAGAGAAGAAAAGAGAUGCACACAUGUUCUGCUUUGGAAUCAAGAGAGCUAUCUUCCUUCUUACCAUCUGAAUAGUUCAGCUUGGAUCUAGAAAUCCAUCCCACCCCACCCUACUGUCUGAAUAGUUCAGCCUGGAUCCAGAAAUCCAUCCCACCCCACCCUACUGUCUGAAUAGUUCAGCCUGGA